AUGUCGGAAUGCCAUUCAAGUGAGCUGCCUGUCAUUAUUGACAGUAUCAAAGAAGUUGCUCUGCGGCUGCAUCCCGGAUGCGAAGACGAUUUAGAAGCACUGCUAACAUGGUUAAAUCCCAAUGAAUCAGAGAGUAAUCAUCAUAUGAGACCACCACCAUUGCGACUGAAAGAUGCUAUAAAACUGUUUGUUAAUCAGUAUUAUAAUAGUGGCUAUAUUUCAGGUUCUGAUGGUGAGAUUAACAAAGGACCGGAGUUCGAACUAGGCAACCAGCUUCGCCAGUUCUACAUAUAUCAAGUGCGCAUUCAUUUUUUCACAUCCUUCAACCUGAUACAAACUUUCAAGGAUAUACAGAGGUUGGAGAAGUACUAUGUCUCCCCGCUAGCGUACAUUCACCUGUUCGAGUCCAGUGGAUACGAAUGGAUCAUAGAGAGGGAUGGACUGCGACAUUACCUGUUGAAUAGAAACAUGGAGUUCCACAAUAACAUGAAGCAGCGAAUGGAAAGUCUAUUUAUGCAGGAUGAUUUUGAAUAUGUCGCAGAGAUGUUGGACUGGGUGGAAAAGGCUCAUACAAGCCUCUCUUCUAAGGAUAUACUUCUUGAUCUAAUUAUAGCUAAGGUGAAACAAUUCUGUGAUGAUCAUAUGAUGGGGGUAUAUGGGAAGACGUACCUAGUCAUGAAGACGUUCAACAAAUUCAUCAUCAAGUAUUGGUCAAAUUUUGCUCAGUUAUUAGGGUGUCCUCAGGAUGACCAUGGACUGACAAAUGUGGUUUAUACUUGUUUCGAAAAACAGUUCAUCAGAAUUCGAACGCAAGAGGUCUUUGAUAUAUUCGUGAAUGAAUUUCCGAACUCUAAACCAACGAUUAUAGAGAUGAGGAAAUUAAUUACUCAUUCGACAGAUUUCAAGACAAUUGUUAUUGCGUUUCUUUCUACCUUUGAAAAGAAGGUGUUAAAUCCCAGUGUCACUACGACGGAUGCCCUUCUGGCUUACGUUAAGAGCGUCAAGGCUUUUCUCACCCUUGAUCCGAGUGGAAGGUACCUUCAAUCAGUCAUAUCUUUUGUGAAACAAACAUUUCAAGAGCGCUCAGAUCUUGUGGUUAUCCUACUCUAUGCAAUUUUGGAUCUACAACUGGACGGAUUGGUCGGCAGCCAUAUUCAGGUGGAUCCAGUUUGUUUGAAAGCUCUGGCUUCGGAGUUGAGAGAUCCAGAACUAGGCAUUGAGAAUGACAUAUAUCCCGAUGACAAUCUGGCAAACGUUGCCACGGGGAUGGCGAAACUGAAUUAUGAGGGCUGUCUUCCCUACGAGGAAGUCAUGCAACGGUUUCUCUCUUGGAACCCUGAUCCCAGAGACAUGGCACCACGAGCAAUCAGCAAGCAAUCCCCAUCUCAUAUGAGUCUCCUGGACAUUCUGAUGGAGCUAUUCGAAUCAAAAGAUUUUUUCGUCAGCGAAUUUUUGAAGCUUCUGACUAAGAGGUUAUUGUCCUUGAAGUUCUACAAUUUGGAUCGAAAUUGGUCCAAGUGCUUACAAUUACUGAAGAAAAAACUGGCCAGAGGAGCACCCAACAUAUCAUUAGCGCCCACUGGUCAACAGAACAACAGUGAGCGAGGUGAUGAUUAUUCUAAUAUUAAUUCUAAUGACGUUAUGCUCUGGGAUGUUAAACUCAGCUACGAAUUGUGCAAACAGAUGCAUCAGGUCAGCGGCCUGGACCAACGCAUCUACCCCAAAUUUAUUUCAUAUCUAUAUUGGAACUGCCAACUUGAAAGUAAAAAUGAUUUCGAGAUACCAGAGCCUUUGAAUAGUGAGUUUGAAAAGUACAGCAGGGUUUACAGUGAAGUGAAAGCAGGGAGAGCACUCAAACUACUCAAGGAUCAAGGUGUUAUUGAACUCGAUCUGGAGUUCAAAGACGGGAGAGUACUCCAGUGUGAUGUUACUCUUGAGCAAUAUGCGGUGAUUCAACAGUUCGACGAAGACAGUUAUGCCAACAGGUUAAUGGCCGAAACCAUCAGUUUAUACUUGAACAUGGAGAUUUCAAGGGUUAAAAGUGCAUUACAAUUCUGGGUUGAGAAAGGUGUCUUGUAUCAGGUAGAUGCGUUCUACGCCACACAGGAGUCGAGGCAGGACAGCAAUAUCAAAACUGCUAAGAGCGACAGUGUUGGUUCAUUUUUCGAGAAGAAUGAAACAAUCAUUGAAGAAGAAACCACAUUAUCAAAGACUUUGAACGCCAUCUGGCCAUUCGUUCAAGGUAUGCUUACCAAUCUUGGCAGCUUAAAGGCCGCCAAGAUCCACUCUUUUUUAAAAGUCACAGUGCCGAAGGAAGUCGGUUACAUUGUAGUAACCCAGUCCCAAUUGGAAUCCUAUUUGAAUUCCCUAGUCGAAGAAGAGAGACUAGCCUGUACGACAAGCGGCUCUUACAAAUUGCCAAGUAUAUAG